AUAAAAAUUGCUUGGGGGAUGGGAUGGAUGACAUAGGUUGGAGUGGCUGGGGGCGGGCGGUGUGUAUAAAACGUGAGUUCUUUGCCCAGCCUCCGUCUUCUCCUCCUCUUCACACACAUCCAGUUGCAGGCGCCCGAACUCUCUCAGAUAUACGAAACACAGACGCACCCAUAUAUAUUAAUAAAACUUAUUGGGUGACUCCAAGGUUUGAGGGGGGUUUUUUUUUUUUUAAUUAAUUUCUGGAUUCAUCCUAAAACCCUAGCUUUAUUCACCAAUAGCUUUAUUCUUCAAUCAAAUUUUUAGGUAUUCAGGUAAGCAGCCUUAACAAAUCCUGCUGUUUAAUCAAAUUGUUUUGAAUUCAUCAAUCCUCCAAUCACUUUAAAUUCCGUUAAACUAAUGCAGAAGGCAAGGAUUUUUCUUUUUGAAAUUGCUCAUUUUUUCAUUCAAAUUUAUUGCAGUGGGAGUAAAUUUGGCGAGUUUUUUUAGUUAAUUAGGGUUUUGGGAUUUCGUAGUAAUAAUGGAUGAUCUUGAAAAGGCGAUUUUAAUAUGCUUUGAUGAAUCUGGGACUGUAGAUUCAGAACUGAAAUCAAAGGCAGCGACUUUUAUUCAGCAAAUUAAAGAGACUCUAUCCAUUCCUUCCAUAUGUAUAGAGAAGCUCUGUUUUUCUAAGUUAGUUCAAGUCCAAUUCUGGUGUUUGCAAUGCCUCCACGAGGCCCUUCGCGACAAAUACUCAUCAAUGGGUCUAGAGGAGAAGUCCUUUAUUCGGAAAUCCAUAUUUUCAAUGGCUUGUUGCGAGGCUGUUAAUGUUAAUGACCACAACUCUGUUCUGGUUUUGGAGGGCCAGGCAUUUAUAAAGAACAAGCUUGCUCAGGUUGUUGUGACAUUAAUAUAUUUUGAGUACCCAUCAAUUUGGCCUUCUGUUUUUAUUGAUUUCUUGCCAAAUUUGAGUAAAGGCCGGGUGGUUAUCGAUAUGUUUUGUCGGAUUUUGAAUGCGUUGGAUGAUGAAGUAAUCAGCUUAGACUAUCCACGAAAUGGGGAUGAGAUGGCUGUGGCGGGGAGGAUUAAGGAUGCAAUGAGGGCACAAUGCGUGCCUCAGAUUGUAAGGGCAUGGUAUGACGUUGUGUUGAUGUACCGGAAUUCGGACCCGGAGUUGUGUACUGGUGUUUUAGAUUCUAUGAGGAGGUACAUAUCAUGGAUUGACAUUAGCUUGAUUGUGAACGAAUCAUUUACUAGUUUGUUUUUUGAAUUGAUGUUGGUGGAUGGGUUUCCAGAUCAGCUUCGGGCUGCUGCUGCCAGUGUUCUUCUUGCAGCGGUCUCUAAGCGGAUGGAUUCAAAGUCAAAACUUGCCCUUUUAAAGAGUCUUCAUAUAAGAAGGGCUUUUGGAUUGGUAGCAGGGGAUAGUGACUCUGAGUUGGUUUCUGGCGUGGCUUCUUUGCUUACUGGCUAUGCUGCUGAGGCUUUGGAAUGUUCCAAGCGUUUGAGCCCCAGUGACGGUAAAGAGAUUUCAUUGGAGCUGUUGAAUGAGGUUUUGCCGUCGGUUUUUUAUGUAAUGCAGAGCUGUGAAGUUGAUGCAACGUUCAGCAUUGUUCAGUUUCUUUCUGGUUAUGUUAAUACAAUGAAAAGUCUUUCCAUGCUGACAGAAACACAGCUACUUCAUGUGCGACAGAUAUUAGAAGUGAUUCGAGUGCAGAUUCAGUUUGAUCCUAUCUACCGCAAUAAUCUUGAUGUGUUGGACAAGAUCGGGAGAGAAGAAGAAGAUAGGAUGGUGGAGUUUAGGAAAGAUUUAUUUGUAUUGCUUCGCAGUGUAGGUUGUGUAGCACCUGACAUGACUCAGAUUUUUAUCAGGAACUCAUUAGCAAGUGCUGCUGCAUCAUCAGAGGAUAGAAAUGUUGAAGUGGUAGAAGCUGCACUUUCCUUAUUUUAUGCUCUUGGAGAAUCAAUAAGUGAUGAUAUGAUGAGGACUGCAAGUGGUCAAUUGGGAGAGCUGGUUCUGAUGCUUUUAUCAACGAGAUUUCCUUGUCAUUCCAAUAGGAUCGUGGCACUUGUUUUCCUGGAAACGAUAACAAGAUAUAUGAAGUUUGUGCAGGAGAACACUCAAUAUAUUCCUGUAGCCCUGGGUGCCUUUCUUGACGAAAGAGGUAUACACCAUUCAAAUGUCAAUGUGAGUCGAAGGGCAAGUUAUCUUUUCAUGAGAGUUGUCAAAUUGCUCAAAGCAAAGCUUGUUCCUUAUAUAGAGACAAUCUUGCAGAGUCUACAAGAUACAGUUGCACAGUUUACUAGAAUGGAUGGUUCAUCAAAAACACAAUCGGGAUCUGAAGAUGGUAGUCACAUUUUUGAGGCAAUUGGGUUAUUAAUUGGAAUGGAAGAUGUACCACUUGAAAAGCAAUCUGACUACCUAGCUGCCUUGCUUACUCCUCUCUGUCAGCAGGUUGAAUUUGCCCUCUUAAAUGCUCAAACUCAGAUUCCCGAUGAAUCUGCGACAAAUAUAGCAAAGAUCCAGCAAAUAAUUAUGGCCAUUAAUGCCCUCAGCAAGGGCUUCAGUGAGCGUCUUGUAACUGCCAGUCGCCCUGCUAUUGGUCUCAUGUUCAAACAGACAUUAGAUGUUCUCCUACAACUACUAGUUGUCUUUCCGAAGAUAGUACCACUACGGUGUAAGGUCACUUCAUUUAUUCACCGUAUGGUGGAUACCUUGGGAGCAUCAGUGUUCCCAUAUCUUCCCAAGGCACUGGAGCAGUUGCUAGCAGAAAGUGAGUCAAAGGAACUGGUGGGUUUUUUGGUACUUCUUAACCAGCUCAUCUGCAAAUUCAACACUGGAGUCUAUGACAUAUUGGAGGAAGUGUACCCUGUUAUUGCUGGUAGGCUGUUUAGUAUUCUCCCAAGAGGUGAUAUUCCAUCAGGACCUGGUGGCAGUACUGAGGAAAUCCGCGAGCUGCAAGAGCUUCAGCGAACAUUUUACACAUUUCUUCAUGUGAUUGCUACUCAUGAUCUAUCACCAAUUUUCCUUUCCCCAAGAGGUCAGGGUUACUUGGAUCCAAUGAUGCAAUUGCUGUUAUAUGCAUCUUGUUAUCAUAAUGGUAUCGCUGUACGGAAGGUGUGUACCACUACUUUCUUACUGCAGAAACCAGAUUUAGCACAUGCAGUCAGUGUGGUUAGUAAGUAUAUGGCUAAUCCUGGUAGAGAGCAUUGGAGAGCUGUAAAGUGGAUUUUCAAGUACUUGAAAGGUACAAUGGAGUGCGGGAUCAUGUUUGAGAGACAACACGGUGAUAUUUCAGUUCAAGGAUAUGUAGAUGCAGAUUAUGCAGGAGAGUUGGAUGACAGAAGGUCCUAUACAGGUUAUGUUUUCACACUCGCAGGUGGGCCCAUAUGUUGGAGGUCAAUGGUGCAAUCGCUUGUGACAUUAUCUACAACUGAAGCAAAGUACAUGGCGGCAACUAAGGCAGUCAAGGAAUUAUUGUGGUUGAAAGGGCUUGUCAGGGAACUUGGGAUCAAGCAAAAUGGAAUGAAGCUGUACUGUGAUAGUCAGAGCGCCAUCUUCCUAGCUAAGAAUCAGAUUUACCAUGCAAGAACCAAGCACAUUGACGUGAGAUUUCAUAAGAUAAGAGAGUUGGUUACUUCAGGAGAGCUGUUGUUUGAGAAGGUGCAUACCUUAGAAAAUGCAGUAGACAUGAUGACAAAACCAAUCACAAUGGAUAGGUUCAAGCAUUGCUUGAACUUGAUUAACAUCUCUAACUGGGUGAAUAUUCGCCAAGGUGGAGAUUGUUGUGCAUGUGGCUCAUAUAGAGUGGAACACAAGCCCUGGAUCAAAUGGGCCGAUGCCGGCGCGGAGCGCAUCGAACGGAACGGAGCGAAGCGACGGCAUCGGCCUUGCGUGGGUUUAAUUCACUGUCUGGUUGUUAGAGACACUGAAUGGGUUGAGGGUGCGGGGCUACGCCCGCGGUACGGUACAGAGUGGUUCAUGCGAAUCCAGCUAGGGCGGCCUAGCUCGCCACCACCGAGAUCCGCCACUGCUAUAAACUCCUUGAGAACCACUUCUAAUUCAAGGCCCUUUGGAGGGAGAGAGUUUAGGAUAGAGAGCCUUAGCUGUAAAGAUAUUUGA